UUUCCCUGAAAAAAGACCGUCUAACAUAAGUUUGGCCAGAUAUAAAGAAUCGUGAAGUUCCUUGGUUAUUUCGGUGAUGAAUUCGAAGUUUAAACGUGGACUUGCGUGUGACAAUCUGUGAAUGACUUUGGAUAAAUAGUUGAGAUAGAAGCUGGAACUAAGCUAAACCUAAUGCAACGCUAAUUCACGGUGCAUUAAGUUAUGGUCGAAGCAAGUUUGUAAUUAUUGAAUGCUUUUGAAUGAUCGUUCAAGGUAUCUGGAAUAUAAGCCAGAGUUAAGUUAAAUCCAAUUCGAAGAUAAUUUAUGGUGCGUCGAAUUAAGGUUGAAGCUCGCGUGUGGUAAUCAUUGGAUGAUUUUGAAUUAUAGGUCGAAGCGUGCGGAAUAUAAGCUAGAAUUAAGUUAAUUGAAAGCUACGUUGUGCAGUGUCAAGACGAAGUUGGUGCUUGUGCGUGGAAAUUAUCAAUUGUUAAUGCAAAGUUAAUUGAAAUAUGAGCGAAAUGUAGCUCUUUGAGCGGCAAAUUGGAUAAGUUGAAAUUGAAUUUGCUAUGUAAAAAGUGGUAAACGCGUUAAGAAGAAAGAAACCUAAUAAAAAUUUAGUCCUUUGAGUAGCAAAGUCAUGUAUAGCGAGCCGUUUAUUCUCAGCGUCAUAAAAGUAACGCAGUUGGACUGUGGGGAUUAAUAGAAAGAGUGUGAACGAGGAAAUUUUAUGAGACGCUGAUUAACGUGGUUCGAUCGUAACACUUUUGGAUUUUAGUUCAAUGUUCGGGGGUUGGUAGGUUACGUAACGUGCAGCUAUAGAAGGGUCGUCGAUGGUGCAGAAGCGAUACACUUUCAGUGUAACCCUGAAUCCUAUUUCUUCUUCUUGGAAAUUAUAACAUCGAUUUUCUUUCUUCGUGUGACGAGGGGAUGAAAAGAGAAGUCAGCGACAAGGAAGCAAGGAAGUCAGUAAACACAGACGACAGAAUUUUUUAAGAAAGAAGCAACCUUAUUUCCGGCGUAACAGAAGCGGCACGAGAGACUAAUCGACAAAGAGAAAAUGGAGAACGCCAAGGAGGAGACGAUAAACAUGCAGCUGAUCGGUUCCGAGAGUCCGUACAAAGUUAAUAAUGAAAUCGCCGGAAGUGGUAUAAAUGCAUCGGAAGUUCCAAUAUCGCCGACCACAAGCCCAGAAGAUUACGACCCUCACAAACAUCGAAAUAGGCCAAAUCCGACAUCAAACGCGGAGACUUUGAUACAUUUAUUAAAAGGAAGCCUGGGCACCGGAAUACUCGCGAUGCCAAACGCGUUCUGCAACAGCGGCCUCGUGACUGGUGUUAUAUCCACAGUGAUCAUAGGGGUGUUGUGCACUUAUUGUUUGCACGUACUAGUGAAAGCUCAGUACAGACUGUGUAAACGGUUAAGAGUUCCUAUAUUGAGUUAUCCACUGAGUAUGAAGCACGCUCUAGACCAAGGGCCUUGGUGUGUCCGAUGGUUCGCACCCUACGCGCCAGGACUCGUAGACGGGUUCAUGAUUGUGUAUCAAUUGGGAAUAUGCUGCGUUUAUAUCGUAUUUGUAGCGUCGAAUAUCAAGCAGGUGGCAGACCAGUACUGGGAACCUUUGGAUGUUAAAAUCCAUAUGCUGAUUUUAUUGCUACCGCUGAUUUUGAUCAAUUACGUUAGGAACCUCAAAUUACUGGCACCGUUCUCCACCUUGGCGAACGCAAUCACGUUCGUUGGACUGGCGAUGAUCCUAGUGUACAUGUUUGACGAUCUACCGUCGAUCAGCGAAAGAGAAAUGUUCGGUUCACUGAAAAAUUUCUCACUUUACUUCGGCACCACGUUAUUCGCUCUGGAAGCUGUCGGUGUGAUAAUCGCACUGGAGAACAAUAUGAAGACUCCACAAUAUUUCGGAGGGUAUUUUGGCGUUUUGAACAUAGGAAUGACGGUGAUCGUAGCCCUGUAUAUUCUUAUAGGGUUUUUCGGUUAUAUAAAAUACGGAUCUAGCGCCAGUGGUAGCGUUACUUUUAAUCUACCCGCGGGUGAAAUAAUGGCGCAAAGUAUCAAAAUAAUGUUCGCCAUCGCCAUUUUUAUCACGCACGCCCUUCAAGGAUACGUUCCAGUUGAUAUUAUCUGGAACACUUAUCUCGAUCAAAAGAUACAGAAGAGGAAAAUCUUCUGGGAGUACGUCUGUCGGACUGUUAUCACUUUAGCCACGUUCACUUUGGCCAUCACAGUUCCCAGAUUGGCCCUCUUCAUCUCCCUGUUCGGUGCUCUCUGUCUGUCCGCCCUUGGCAUCGCGUUCCCAGCGAUCAUCGAGAUCUGCGUGCUCUGGCCGAACCGAGACUUCGGGCCUUGCAUGAUCAUGUUCAUCAAAAACAUAUUUCUGAUCGUAUUCGGUCUCUUGGGCCUCGUGAUCGGCACGUACGUCAGCAUCGUCGAGAUAAUAAGGUCAUUCAAGUGAAGUUCGCGAGCGAUAUUUAGGCAGGAACGAUCGAAGGAAGGCAGACAGUUUGGUGAAGAGGUAGGAAAAGCAAAAGAGAAAGAGAGGCAAAGAGACGAAGAGUUUGGGAACGAGCUUGCUCGAGUAUCGAGGACGAAGUCACGGCUUCGUUACAAGUUUUAUAGCUUAAUGAGCGGCGCCUUUUAGGUAGACAGGUUAUCUCCAAUGCGGCUGGGAGUCGUUCUUAGUGAAAACAUUCGCGAGCAAUGCAUUCCGGAAAUGCUUCUCGUCCCGCGUGAUCGCCGCCAUUGUUAGAGCACUUAGGCCAAGUUUAGAUGUUUUAUUAAGAGUUAACGGCGAAGAGUCGUUCAGUGUUGGGUUAAAGAAAUAUCGUGGAAGUCGAUGGGGCUCUUCGACGUUCUUUCGAGUUUAAUUGGAAUUGGCGGUUGCUGAUGGAAUCUCGCGGAACAUUAAUCUACGUAUUUAUCAACUUAAUGCGAGAUUAUACCGCACGUUCCGUUUAGCUGAUUGUUAAUAAGGGUUUUAGGUUCGAAUCGUGGCGAAUGUUUGUAGAAUUUCUCAUGUUACUAUAACGUAUAUUGUGUAUUGGGGGAGGAACGAAAUCGGAAGGGGAUUGUUCGAGAGACAUUCUCUAGAAACGAUCAGAUGAAUAUAGAAAGUAAUUUAUAGAUUCUUACUUUUGUUUAAAAGGUUCUUUUAUACUAAUGUUUCAUUCUAUCUCUCGUAUAUUUUCGAGUUGGAAAUUUUGUAACUUGAAGAACCUUUCGUCCGAGUCUCUAAUCUGAUAGAAUUCUAAUAUACAGGGGUAACUAUUGACACAAGCGGAAAGGGGGUGAUUCUACGCGAAAAAAGAAGUCGAAAAUAUAGAACAACAAUUUUUCGUUCGAGGCUUUGUUUUCGAGAAAAUCAACUUUGAAUUUUCGCUCGGUACGCGUGCACUUUAUCGCGUCUCGUUAUAACGCAUCUCACUGUAGAUCGUUGUCUCGAUGGAAAAAUUAAAAGAAAAAAUUUUUAUUCUAUAUUUUCGACUUCUUUUUUCAUGUAAGAUCACCCCCUUUCCGCUUGUACCACCAGUUACCAACCACCCUGUAUAUUCUAUAGAAUAUACUAUAUUUAAAUGUUUGUUUUCAAUUAGGCUACGAACUUCCAAAGAAACGGGUACCAGGAUUAUUGGUAUAUCGUAAUGGGUAUAUCGAAUUUCAGGUUUCAGAGUUUAGCCGUGUGCUCUUAACGCAUGAAAUUUGGCCUAGUUUGGAAUGGAGAAAAGCGCAGAUAUAUCAUUCCAGUCGAACAUAGUCGUUGAUGAAUUUGAAAAUUCCACAUUAUUGUUCAAAAGGCCUCUGAACAGCUUCUAAGCUUCCGAUAUAAUAAUCGGAUUUUUUAUAUAGAUCAUGAAACUAUCGAGCAAACAUUGAUUUAUAAAUCUGUUGAUAAAAGUAGCAAGACUUCGACUAUCUUACUAUUCUUCUGUAAGGCGAUUAAUUGUAUAAGUAAUGGGAAGGAAUGUUUCACAUAUGCAGAUCGAAAAAUUACCGUAGAAGUAUUGAUCUAUCAAUUAAAAAAUUGCUCGCAGAAACAAAGAUCAAGAUAAUCAACUAAUCAUAAAUAUAAAAAAUGAACAGAGCCUUACACAGGGACACGACUUAUAUGCAAAGUUUUCAACAAAUCUGAUCGUUAUAAACUAAAUCAUAGUAUUCACAGCUAUAUCGAUGGAAAAGCUUCCCUUUCGAAUUAGAAGUAUAUUAGGUCAAACGAAUAUCGUCCAUUUAAAUAAUACACACAAAGAAGAGUGCCCCAGUAACACGGUGCCUAUGUAAAUGAUUAAUACCUAGCACACUUUAGUUGCACUGCCUGAGAGCAUAUUAAACAGAACAAACGUGUUCUUUCAAUUGCUCUUAUAAUUCGAAAGUAUCUGAAUUAAUUACACGUAGAAAGCCAAGUAGACGAUCUGUAAGAUUUAACGUCGUAGAUGAUUAAGACGCGUAAUUUUACAAGCCAAUUCUAAUUCAAAGGUACAAUUAUUAACGAUUGUUUAUGAAAUUGAAUUUGAAAUGUUCAACCAUUCGACUUCCAUUUUAUGUGCAAUUUUAUACGUGGUCUGUUUCAAAAGUAACGACGUUGCUUCAUUCGUAAUUUAGAUUUGUUUUUGGAAGAAUAUCUCGAACUUUUCAACCAGUUCAAACAAAUUUCUAAGAACAUUGCAUUUUAUUUCUAAUACUAUUAAUUUGGUUCCUAAUUCGAAUUUUUGCAGAAAAAUAUUUUCAAGGUAAUUUUUUAACCAUUUAAAGAGAUCAAUCCUUGUCUGAUAAACUACGUAAUCUGUUUCCGUAUUUUUGGAAAUUCUUUUUCUCGGAAAUUUCGGUAACUAUACUUUCAGAAAAGAUUGUUGAUCUGUAAUUCAAAUUUAUAAACAGAAAUAUUUUCGAGAAAUAUGUUUCCAAUUAUUUUAAAGAAAUAAAUCCUGUAAGAUUGUAUUCCAUCUCUGUAUUAAAAAAAAAAAAUCUUUUCCACAAACUCUUGAAAAUGUUAUUUCUAAAAAGAACUACACAUGCAAUUUGAUUACUUUUGGAACAGUUUCACAAUAUCAAGCGAUUGUUAGGUAGAAUCAUACGAUGCCUAACACUGAACAUAGAGCGCUCUUCGGAGGAAAAAGAAACAAAAAAAAAAAAAAAAUAGGAAAAUUAUAAAAAAAAAUGUGGAAGAACCGUCGCGAUAAACGAAAACCUGUGAUCGAAGAUUUUAUAGAGGAACGGACGUUGCAUUUCUACCGAAUUGUUGAUUGUCGUCGUUGAACGAGUUUACAAACGUACAUACGGGUGUUAAUUGUUCUUCAACCACGAAACCGAGAUAUGUUUUUGUAUUUCGUUCAAGAGCUUUUCUUUCGUUCUCGAUGAUACGAGUACUUACGUUCAUUCGAAUGUGAUUCAAAUGUUGACGAAAAAAUUGGAUUCCUUAUAUCUCUCAUUUGAGAAAGCACAAGAUUGGGAAAACGUGCAAGAAUUAGUACUAGUAUUACCGAAGAAGUGACUAUAAAUAUCGAGAAAGUAACGUAUAGUCAUUGAUUACACACAUUGGCGAGAAAAAACAUACGAACUUGAGUUGAUAUUACUUAGGAGGAUGCUGGUAACUAAAAAUCAGGAAAACAGUGUGUAGUCACUGACUAUAGGCAUUAUCGAAAUUCGUAUUUUUAACCGAAAGGAGUUUUAAGUUGACAAAGUUGAAAAUAGGAGAAAGACUGGUAUAGUCACGAAGUCUAUGUCAACCGAGCCAAAAAAUUUAAUUUUUUAUAUAAAAUAAUUUACAGUCACGACUAUAAAGUGAGGAAUCCUAUACCUUUAUCGACUAUACGAUCUAGGCCAGAGAAACAUUUUUGUUGGAAAUAAUGGUAUUUAUAAUUACGACUAUAAGACUUAUAAUUAUUGAUUACGAAGAAAAGUUUCCAUUUUAUAUCAUUUUAUAAUAAUCUGUUAUAUAAACAGGGUGUAAAAUAGGUAGUUAAACUAUGAUAUCGUAUCUUGCUCUUCCUAAGGAUCGACAUCAUAUGAACAUAUAUGUAGAGAUUCAAACAAACUUUCUUUGUGAUGAGAAAAGUGAUAGUAAUACCAUGUCUGAAACCACGUGUGAAAUAAUGAUCUUUCUCCACGGUGAAAGCAAAGUUUAACUAACCUAUAUCGACUACACGAAUCGAUUAUCUCCAAUCCGAGCCAAAAACUAGCAAAUUCUAAUCAUCUCGAAUUUGCCCAACCAUAAACAAUUAUGUACUCUCUUCAAACAAAAAAGAAGGUUAAGUAAUUGUUGAGCGAUAACUGAGAAUAAGAUUUUACACGCAAAUUGCGUUAGAUUGCGGAUUUUUAUGCAUUUAUGAUAAAUUUUAAAUGGAGAAAUUCGCAGAAUGCAUGUAAUAUACAUAAAGUAUUCAAAUUUGAGUACGCGUCAUAAUUUUCAGUGGACGAACAAAUUGCCAUGCCUUGAGCUUCUUUAGUUCUCUUUAUAAAUAUAUGAAAUUACAUAAAAAUUCGCAAUCUAAUUAUUCUACAGAAAUAUAGAGACAGAGAAUCCUGUCAACGUUUGAAUCACUUGUGUGCCAUGAUCGUACGCUAGGACGAAGAAAAACAACGAGACACAAACGGCCAACAAUAAUAAAUAAAAGAAGGAAGGUCUAACCUAUAAGCCGGCUGACGCCAGCAAUGAAAACCGUAGCUCAUCGUUAAUGCCUUAUUUUCUAUUCGUUCGUGGCGUUUGUAUAAUGCAUGAUACUUGCGGCUGCGAACCAAGCAGGCUGAAUCAAAGAUCAAAGUUUAAUAAUGAACAAACGUACCGUGAAAACGAGACGCACCGCUACUUCUGUACCACCGUCACUGCCGGGAACUAGCUCGGGUCAUCGCGCGUCGUGAUGACAUACACACACAAUGACACGUUAAAUAACACAUGAGUGAAAUUGAAAGACCGGUCACGACCUCCUCGUUGAACGAUCCGCGAGAAACGACAUCUCGUUCGACAUUCACGCGGGACCGACACGAAAAGUCCCGACGCCACACGGAUUCGCUCGAAUCAUCCUCUCCACUCCUUCGCGCUUUCGACGGGGCUACAUACAAUCGACGAUCGCACAAUCGUAUUUACGACCUUCCGUUCGAUUUUCGUUCGCCGCCUCUGGGACGCUUACCGAAAACGAAAUUUCGCUCGGUUUGCUUCUUUUCGAUAUUAAUCGAUCGUCAGUGGCGGAUCUAAAAACUUUUCUGGGGGAAGGGAUUGCUUAAAAGUACACGAGUAUAUUUUUGAAUCUUCUUUUGCAAGGUUUAAGAUCUGUUUGUAAUUUAUAUGUUAAUAUCUCUAUCUGAUACUAUAAACUAAAUAACUAAAUUUACAUUAAUUGUAUACUUAACAAAUUUUCAGAAUCUGACACAAUAUUCUUACAUUUUAUUACUCUUAGGGGACGCCCCUAUCGCUCACCUCUCGAUCCGCCAUUGUCGAUGGUAGCUACUAUCGAUUCGUUUUCUUCGAUUACUCUGGGCAAUAUCGUUGAUCGAUGAAACUGUUACAGAUGACACUGUUGCUGGUAUUAAACGUUUUUUUAAGUAUUAUUAUUAAAGAUUCUUUUCAAUUAUUUAAUUAUAAAGAAUAGAAAAAUAUUAAAUAUUCUUUUACUAUUAGGUUGUUGCAUAGUGAAUGAUGUUUCAAGAUAAUUUAAACAAAUUCAUAUCUUUGUACUGCAUACUGUACUCUUGAAAACACUAAAAUGAAUUAUUUUAAAAAUAUCGUCAAACCAGUGGAAGAAAGCAGACUGAAGUCAUUUGAACAAGGUAAUACGUACACAAAAACAGUUGUUGAAUGUUUUAUGAUUUCGAAAUAGCCGAAAUAAGAGUUCAAGGUAAAGUGACAUUUAUUUGUUAUGCAACAGUCUGAUAUUAACCUCUUCGGUGCGAUCGUUGACUUUAGCUAUCAGAUAUAAUCAUACUUAUAUAGUGACAAUAAUAUGACUAACCUCGUCUAUAGUGUCAUAAUUAUAUGAGUAAGAUAAUAUUUUCUUUUGCAUUAUUCCUGUUUUUAAUAUAUUUUUCUAUUUAUUCAAAACAAAUAGAAAACUCUACACAGAACAAUUAUGUUUUAUUAAAAAAACACGUGUUACAAAAAAGUAAUUGUACUAAAAUGACUAUCAUACCGAAGAGGUUAGAAAUACUUCCCUCUCAUUUCAGUAGCAUUUUAACGUUCUUUGCUUUGUUAAGUAUUUCGUAAUAAAUAAAUGUUGUAAUAUCGUUGUUAAUAAUCAUAUGUUAAUUAAAUAUUGAAUGGUUAGGAAUAAUGAUAUUAUAGUAUAUAGAGUUGCACGUUGGAAUGAGAACUGUAGUAAACUGAGAAAGAAUUGCAAAGGCGAUAUUGCUCGUUGCAUUAGACGUGUAUUAUAAUACGUAUAUUGUUAAUGGUUCCUGUUGAAAAUUUUCGAAGGGCAAAAAUGAAAAUCGAAAAUCGUACUUAUGGAUUUCUCACGAUUACGGUAACGAUUGGUGCAAUUAACUUCGCGUCUACGAAGCGUUUUUAAUCGUUAUUUGUCGACUGCGCCGACUUUUAAGUCAGGAAACGAUCGUCAAGAGUUGUAUGUUUCUAAAGAUUUUUUCUUAAAAGAUCUGCAUUUUUCGCGUAUAUUUUAAAUCUGAAGUUUUCUUUUUUUGUUUGUUUUUGGUCACUAUAUUUCUGAUAUAAUAAACUCUCUAUUCUUA